CAAGCACAAGCACAAGCACAAGCACAAGCACAAGCACAAGCACAAGCACAAGCACAAGCACAAGCACAAGCACAAGCACAAGCACAAGCCCAAGCACAAGCACAAGCACAAGCCCAAGCCCAAGCCAAGGCGCAAGCACAGGCUCAAGCGCAGGCGCAGGCUCGAGUUCAAUUGCAGGCCCAGCAACAAAUGCGCAAUAUGCAAGCCCAGCCCCAGGCGCGACCGCCUCAAACGUCAGGCGUUCCCUUGACCAACGCAGCAGCCAACGCCGCGAUCAUGAACGCCGUCGCUGCUGCAGCGCGUAGUCAGCAACGACCUGGAAAUACCAUCACACGACCGAUCAGUGGCAGUGACGCUGCCAGUAUACUGGCACUGCAGCAGCAGCUCUCGCAAACGUUAGCCAGCUCGAAUCUUACUCAAGAGCAAAUUGCUCAGCUGGCGCUGCAGCUUUUCAGACAAACUCCUCAGCAGCAACAGCAACAACAACAACAACAGCAGCAGCAGCAACAGCAACAGCAACAACAGCAACAUCAGCAGCAACAAGGUAGUCAGCAAGGUUCACACCAGUAGCAGCGAUGCAUUUCGAUCUGCGGAUGUGGCGUAAUACAAUUU